GUCAAAUUAUUCUGUGUGGCUAGUGUUUUGCGUUUUCUCAAAAAACCGCAAACUUAACAAAAUAAAUUAAUUUUUGCUGUUAUUUGUGAAUUUAAAAUCCAAAAUCCUAACAUGUUGGCCGCGGAAAAAUCAGCGCUUCCUACAGAACAGGUGAACUGUCGCCUGUACGUUGGUGGUUUAGGAGAGCAGGCAACCAAACAAGACAUGGAGGAAUUGUUCAAGGAUUAUGCACCGUACCACGAUCUGAAUCUGCUUCGCGGGUACGGCUUCGUUCAGUUCCCAAGCGAGGAGGGUGCCCAGAAGGCGAUCUCCGGACUGCACGGAAAAACGAUCAACGGCCGGAAGUUAACUGUGAAGGUGGCCAACGACAACCGGGCCAAGAAGGGGUUACUUCCCGGAGCACGGGGUCCGGGGGCCAUUCGGGACCGUUCGCCGAUCGAUGGUGCCCGCUAUCCGGGACCGUACAUGCAGGGUGGACCGUAUCGGGGCGGACCAGGAAUGUAUCCCGGGAUGGACAUGGGUGGCUAUCCGGAUCCGAUGAUGGGUGGCGGAAUGGGCCCGAUGCCACCGGCCGGUCCGGACAGCAACGAUUGCGAGAUUAUCGUGGUGUCAAGAGAUUUGACAACCUAUGCCGAGAACAUUGAAAACCGAUUGAAACGUAACAAUAUGACGGUAGAUUUACUUUUCCCGAACGAUGACGUGCCGAUCGGCAAGGUUUUAUCGAAUAUCGCUUCCCGGGGUAGCUACUACGCCAUUCUGAUCACUCCGGAGAACCAGGAACGCAACAGCAUCACGGUGAAUGUUCUCUACGGGAUCCCGGCAGAGCAUCGAAAUAUGCCCACCGAAGACGCCAUAGCAUUCAUAUUCAAAGACUUCGAGACAAAACUGAGAAGUGAGCAGGAAAAGGCUGCCAUGUACCGUGCACAGAUGGGUGGCCCAGCAGGUGUGAUGGGUGUGAAUCCGUACAAUGCUCCGCCUCUGCAGGAAAAACACCCGGAACCGAUACAGAAUAUGAUAAACCUACUGGCCGGUAAUCGUCAGCUAACCGUCAUGCAGUACGAACGUCUUAUCAACUAUCUCACCGAGCGGAAGGAAAUGCAGGUGCGAUACGAGCUGGGCGAGGACAUCGACACAAGCCGACUGGUAACGUCGAAAUCGAAAGCCGAAACCGAAAAGGAACUGCAGCGCAAAAUUUUAGACAUCCUUAACAAACCUUCCAUCGUUCCUCCGAAACAUCCGGCCCCCAUCGAAGAACCGAAGGUAGAAAAGGCCUCCAUCGGUAGCAUAACGGCAGCUGCAUCACUAGCCUCCAACACCUUCUCCGGAUCAAGCGGUUCCAGUGCAACGCUACCAGGAAUAACCGGUGCUGCACCGAAAUUGUUACACGAUCCAAAGGUACAAAAGGCCCUCGACUCGCUGCUACUUUCCGGCCUCGGUGGUGGUCUCAAGUUUUAAAACUCAAUCCCGUUCGAUCAAUCCCAAACAUCGUGUAAGUUUUAGUAAGGUUUAAGUUACGGGUUUCGCACUAGGCAAAUCCGCUUGUGUAAGCCGAAGAAGUUGAUGAUGCUGAACCGCCGCAGAAUUUUUGUUUUCUAUCCGGGCUUAGACAGUAUUUAACGAACGAAAGUUGCUCUCGUGAUGUGGGAGAAAACAUUUGAAAGGUAAUCUCUAUCGAUUUUGUGACUAAUGGGCCUCACUGUAUGAUAGUGAGAUGGAGCAUCUUUUGAAAAAAUAAAUUUCCUA